GAAUUUUAAAAAUGACAGUUGACAGUUUCGCACGUGGAGUUUAAUAAUAAGAGUUAUUAUAACCUUAAAAUGCAUAGUUAGUAUGUAUUCUGAAAUAACUAAUAAUAGUUAAGUUUUUAUUAAGAUAAACUAUUUGAUAAACGUAUUAUAUAUACAUAAGAAAGUUAUAAAAUGAAAAGUGAACCUAUAAAUUCCUCAUCGGAAUGUGAUGAAAGCGACUCGUGUGGCGAAGAUCGUAAGAAUCAAGGAAACAAAUUGAAAAAAGUCUCAAAAAUGAAAAGAAAAUACGAAGAUAUACCCACAGAUAAUCCUACCAAGAAUAAAAAACAAAAAAACGAUCUUUAUAGACCUCCAACUGUAGAAGAGCUCAACAAUUUGAAAGUAACAGAAAAUCUUUUCAAUAAUAAUUUAUUCAGACUUCAAAUUGAAGAAUUGCUAACAGAACUGAAAAUUAAAGUAAAAAGAAAAAAUCAUUUUCAAAAUUGGUUACAAGAAGUAUCCAAUUAUAUCCAAUUGUUACCUUCUUUAAAGAUACCUCUUUCAGAAUUGUCCAAAUUAAAUAAAGCAAAUAUCAGUGGGAAAAACUUGCUUCAUAGUUUUAUUUUGCUGGGAAAAAUAUGCGAAACAGAUCAAGAUGUAACACUAAAAUUCGAAAAACCUGAGAAAGUGCAAUACUUUGGUUUAUACGAACAUGGUGCCCUGCCUGGACCUAAUAUAACUUUGAAUAUUAAUUUAGUAAUGCCUAAAACCUGCUUCUUAGUAAAGGAUUAUUUAAAUAAUAGAUAUUUAAUGAAAAAGAUGUAUUAUCUUUUAUAUGUGGCCGAGUUUUUAAAACAAGCUGACUUUAUAGGUGACCUCAAGUUAGAGUUCUAUGAGAAUAAUUGCUUACAACCAACUAUCAAUAUUAAGCCUGUGAAUUGUGACAAAAUCAAUCUUAAAAUUCAUGUUACACCAUCUGAAGAUUCAUUUAAUCUGACUAGAUUUUUACCUGAUAUGAAUAAUAUAAAAUUAGAUCUAUUUGAUCUAAAUGUGGAUAGUGAUAUUUUAAGAAACACAAAUACUGUGCUAUAUAAUAGUUUAUUAGCACAUGACGCUACACUAUUUGUCAAUAAUGAGUAUAUUAAAGAACUUUUGAAUGACCAAACAAAUAUAAAAGAUGGAAUUAAACUUCUAUCUGUCUGGUUGAAUCAAAGAGAACUCAACGUUGGUUUAGGAGCUUUUACUGAAACAAUUAUGUUAUAUUUAGUAAUAUAUUUAUUAGAAAAAAAGAAGAUUAAUAAAUAUAUGAGUUCUUAUCAAAUAAUAAGAAAUUUCUGGACUUUCAUAACCACUAAAGACCUUUUAGCAGAAACUAUUCAUAUUGGAGAGGUAUCAUCAGAAAUAUUAGCCAAGUUUAAACAACACUUCAGUGUAGUAAUUUUGGAUAAAACUGGAUGUUACAACGUAGCUUCUUUUUUGAGUGAGCAAACUUAUGAGAAAGUGAAAUUUGAAAGUCAAGUAGCGCUUAGGUAUUUGGAUGGAAAUAAAACUAAUUCCUUCCAUGAAUUAUUUCUAACUAAGUACCCGUUUCAUCUCCAAUAUGAUGCUGUAAUUGACUUAACAAAAGGGAUACCUUUGACAGAAAAGCUCCAAAUUGACCCUAAAGAAAAAUGUUUGUGCAUAGGAUAUGAAAAUAUCUUAAUUUUACGUUAUUUGACAAAUAUUUUAAAAAAAGCUUUAAACACAAGGGUAUUAAAUAUCGUACCAAAAAUAGAAACAUCUGGAAGAGAUUUUAAACGUUUUCUUUUUGGUCUGAGCUUAAAUCCAGAAGAAGCAUUCAAUUUCAUCGAUAUGGGUCCUCCAUUAAACAAAUUUGCAGAAGCAGAAGCUUACAGAAACUUUUGGGGAGAACUAGCAAGCGAUAGGAGAUUCAAGGAUGGUUCAACUAAUGUGGCUGUAUAUUUUAGAAGUAAUACCAUCAGUGCCAAACGUAAAAUAAUAACAAAGAUAGUGGAUUUUGUUCUGCAAAAUAAGUUGAAUAUGGAAUAUAAGAUGCAUUAUAAUGAAUUCGAGGAUGUUUUACAUUUCAAACAACUGGUACCGAAUUAUCCGAAUGGUACAAAUGAAGAAACCUGCUUAAAAAUUAUUUUAGCAUCUGACAAUUUAAGUAAAAUAUUAAGGGAACUACCAUUGUCAUUGAAAAUCACUGGUAUACAAGGAGUUUCUGACGUGUUCGCUUAUGCUGAUGUUUUCCCACCAAUACCAACUAAUUUUAAGGUAGAAGAAGAUGUUACUAAAGUACAAGGCAACAACUUAAUAUUAUAUCCCGAUAUGAAAUCUACUAAUUUACCUUAUUACGUUCAACCAAUAGAAUGCGUUUUGCAAUUAGAACAUAGUUCGAAAUGGCCGAACGAUUUACAAGCCCUGCGACACCUGAAGGCGUCGUUCCACAUAGAAAUAUCUAGAUUGUUAGGCGAACAGAACGUUUUAACUCAUCCCACGCGCGAUUACUUGGUAGUAUUUUACGAAGGAAUCGUUUUCAGAUACCGAUUUUGUCUACCGAAAGAAAUCGGUCUAGUUAAAAAAACAGCGAUCGAAAACGGUUUGACUGGUUUCAAAGAAUCCCCGGAAAGUUUCCAAAUGGAAGUAUAUUUGAAUAUUUUACCGAAAAUCGUCGGUGCUCUUCGAGGUAUUCAGUCGAUGUACCCCAGUUACGGACCUGGAACUGCUCUGAUAAAAAGAUGGCUGCGUACUCACCUCAUCGAUGAUGAUCUAUUACCCGAUAUGGUUAUUAACCUCUUAAACGCUUCUCUUUAUUUGAAUAAUAACAUUUCUAAUACUCCUCAAAUAUCAUUUAUGAGAUUUUUGAAGUUCGUCUCGGAAUUCGAUUGGAAUUUACAAAUCGUAGUCGUUAAUUUCAACGACGAAUUAACUAACGAAGAAAUAUCGAAAAUCGAAUCGAACGUACAAAGUAACAGAAACGCUUUCCCGAAUUUGUUUAUUCUCACCCCAUACGAUCAAAAUUCGAGCGUUUUUACGAAAAAUUCACCGUCGAAAGAGAUUUUGAACAGGUUGAAGCGAUUAGCUACGGAAAGUACGAAUUUUAUAAACGAAAUUAUUUUAAAUCGAAAAGAAAUCGAUUUUAAAGGAUUGUUCCUACCGAAUUUCGAAGGAUACGACGUUUUGAUACAUUUAAAAUCGUCGAUAAACACGAGAAAUUACCAACGGUUGAAUUUCUCCACCGUCGAAAACCGAAUCGUUUUGGAAAAAUACAAAAUAUCCAAAAAAGAUAAGAUUCCCGUCGUCGAUUUCGAUCCCGUAGGAAUUUAUUUGGAUAUUUUGAGGAAAAAUUACGGAAAUUACGCGAUUUUCUUUCACGAUAGUUACGGUGGGGAUGUGAUAUGCGUUCUCUGGUUGCCUAAAACUCGAGCAACCGCCGAAUUCAAAGUAUCGAAAAUUAACGCCCAAAAAAUCGUCGAUGAUAAAGUUGUAUUCAAUUUUGACGCCGCCAUCGAGGAUUUUUUUAUAUUGGGAAAGGGUUUAGUUGAUAAUAUUGAGAAAAGAUGAUUAUUAAAUACAAUUUUAUGAACAUUAA